CGCGCACUUUUUUAGCGCAAGUAACAUGAUAACAUCCGGUCUUGCAUAUUCAUAUAUCUCAGCUAACCAGGCUGGGGAUUAAUACAUCUGUUCACAUGAUGUGUUCACAUGAUCGCGCACUUGUUUAGCCGUGCGCGUCGCACUUACGCGGUUCUUCCCCGACCUAAAAAGGGUGCUCGUUUGCUCUUGAUUUGAAUCUUUGGAAAAAAAUACUUAAAGUUUACACAGGGAAAUAACGCAAUUCGUGUUUUUACUAUAUACAGACAACUGGCAGACUAUCCAUCACGUUAAAAAAAAUGAUCGAUUCAGGAACAAAUCAAAUGGAUCACUCGCGCAAGGGCUAUAGCGCGUGAUGGAAACAUGAUAACCGCACGCGCAUUACGUCAUAAUUGUGACAUCAUAAUUGUGUCUAUUACGUGAUGAAACGUUCAGCAGAAAAAGCUGAUGACCCACUGAGCUGACGACCCGAAACCAUGAAGAAUCAAGGAAACCAACAAAAUGGAACUUCGUAACGCCAUGUCGUGACAUUCGAGUCACCCAGGAAACGGAAAACUCUACAGAACGACAUUCAUGAGUAAAGUCAAUGGUGGUAAUCACAUGGUGUUCGCACUUGGCCCCGCCCUGCUGUGUGCCCUCCUGCCCCUCUUCCUCUGCCCCGCCAAUGCCUUCUUGUACGACAAGGAGGUUGAGAUCGUGCGCACGGAGUGGAGCCCGGUGGUAGUGGUGGUAAGACACGUGGAGUACAUGGGUGUGGCUGAUAACGGGACGCUGAAAUGCAGUGUGCCCGGGUUUACUAAAUACAGAUGGACGAUCCUGAACAAAGCCAGCAAGGAGGGCUACGCGGAGUCCGUUGUCAUGGGGACAGACGAGGAUUUACCGGAAUCGCAGUCGGAUCUUGAGAUAGGUGGUGAAGAGGGGAUACCGCUGGUCAACGACCUGAUGGUUGUCUCAUGCGAGGCGAUGGUCGAGCUAGAACCGCGCAUGCGUAUGGUCUGGGUCAUUACCAGAAUGCACUCCCCCCUGGGCUACCCCACGGAUCCGUCUGUGUGCGACUACGGGUCCAACAGUUACUUGACGAACUGCACGUGGUAUCAGUGGACGUACCGCACGGACUGUUACCACGGCAAAGGGCUGGAGUACAGAGGCACACAGAGCAGGGCACUCAAGGGGAACAUGUGCAAAUACUGGCACAUGUCAGGAGGAGCGCACCCCAAUAGCCACAAGCUCGCCCGUGUGAUGGGCUUCUACUCCAAAGGAGGUCACGACUACUGCAGAAACUUCCCCUUUAAUCCAACAUGCUACCUCAAGAAUAAUGACGUUAAAAGUUGCCAAAGCAAUAUCCUCAGUCAACCUUGGUGUUACUCCGACACGAACCCUGCUGAGGAGACGGAGUACAAGAUCCAUUACUGUAAUGUAAAGCAGUGCUCUGACUGUAUGUACGGCCAAGGCAAUGGAAGCUUUGCUCUGUACCCUGGGCGGAAACUCCCUGAGUACCAAGGCCGAAGCAUUGCGACAAAGAAGGGCGUCCCAUGUCUCCAGGGCGUUGGCUGGGAGGAUAAUGUGUGCAGGUCAACGCUUAAGAUCAAAACAAAAGCUAUGGGGAGUUAUCACACGGUGACUAGACACACCCCUCAUUGUUAUGUAACCAAGCCUGGUGCUGUCACCAGCAAGAUAAAACAAGUACCGGACGAGAAUCUGGAAUUAGCGGAAUGCAAACUGCGUCAGUGUACUGUGAGACAGGUCUGGUUUCUUUUCUUCAAUACUUUCGGUGACGCGUUUAUAGAGGAAUCUAAUCUAAAGGGGAUAAAAAUCGUACUGGUCAGGGGACGGAAGGAAGAACGGAUCAAAUUUGGUGCGUUUGGGAUACAUCGCCCUGAAGGCCUUACAUUAGGAACUUCUGACUACCGUCUCUCGAGCUAUGUGAACAAUUUCCAGCUUAUUCCACGCAGACCCCCUGGCCCUUUGAGCGAGAUUGUUAUCCGGAACAUCCAGAGUUCCUACAGCGGAGUGUACUCGGUCCAUUACAAGUUUUCCGAAGCAGACCCCGCUGUUGACCAAGGGGUUUAUAAGGUCAACUUCGAGCUCGAAGUCAAAGAACCCACGACUUUCUCUCUGAGCCCAGGCGCUAUGGGCGUAUGCCUUGACGGAGAGGGCAAGUUCAGGCUGAUGGUCCAGGGUCACUUUGACAUUCUGGAUGAUAGUUUGGAGUGGUUUUAUGGCCCGUCGCGUGAAAAGGCCAUUACGAGGGUUCGCCCAGAAAACACAAGGUUCGAGCUAACCGCAGACGCCAUGGGCCUUUUGGUGAAACGCGUGACUACGGAACUAUGGGUAAUGGUGAAGGGACGCACGUACUCGGGGUUUCCCUCAGCUACUGCAAAAGUGGCCAUUAAAGAUCAGCCCCUGCUGAAAGCAAUCACACCAACAAAUCAGUACGCAAGUCCAGGGGAUGAAGUCAUUAUCACCAUAGAAACAGACCAGCUUCAGAAGGUCACGUGGGUAUUUGACGCAAUGGUGAUUGGCAGUCUCCCUGACGACCCCGACAUGGGCUUCCAACGUGUACCACGUGGUCAAAGCUUAGUGACGUCACUUGUGAUUGCAGGAGUUAAGGAACAUCACUACGGCGGCUAUAAAGUGUCAGCGGUUCUAAACGGCUGCACAAGCGCACUGACAUUUUACGUGAAACACAUAAGUGAGAGACCAGAGGAGGAGGAAGGACCAGUGAUGGAGAAAGGCGGCGAUAAGAGCAGUGAGAAGCCAAAGCCGACACAACGCUCUUUCAACAGAACAGGCAUUUGGUGCACUGACGACCUUGAGCCAUACGCCUUUUUCUUCUCUGUCGACUUUCCGACUGAGAUGACUAUUGGCGCCUUUAGAAAUGAGCCUCUGUCCGGAACGAGCGCAGUCGAAGUCCAGCACUAUACGAUUGGUCACAGCCUAGACAAGAAGUCUUGGACAAAUACGACUUUUAAAGGAAAGACGAAGAUUCCUUAUAUUAUAUCCGGGGAAGACCACUCUCCUCUUCCGGUUCCAAUAACUGCUCGUCACUUCCGGUUCUAUCCUGAGAAGCUUCCGGGAACUGUUGCAUGCAUGAAAGUGAGGCUGUAUGGCUGUCGAGGAAAAACCCUUGAGUGUGACAAGACUGGUAACCCCGUACCCACUCCCCUGAAUCUCAAGUUAUUUGUGGGGGCACCCCUCGGGGCGAGUAGCCUUUUUGCCUUAGUGGGUCUCCUCUUCUGGAAUCAGAGAAAACUCAGGCGAGAACUUGAGCUUGAAAAGAAGCGAAGGAAAAGAAAAAAGAAACGAGGUAAUAGGCGGAUUGGUGGCAGUGAGGACGAAACUAGCGAUGAUUAUAAAGCAAAGCGAGUGAAGAAGCGCGCGAAAAGGGAGGAUUCCAGGGACGAGAGAAGACGGAAACGUGAGCGACGAGAUGAAAGACGGAGAAAGCGUGGUGCAGAAGAUGAUAGGAGAAAAAGAGCUAAGGAAAAGAAGAGACAGAUGUAUGACAAAGGUUUGUCUAGCGAUGCAAGGCGCUGGGAUUCAAGCGAUGAGAUAAGGGAAAAAAGAAAAGUCAAAUAUCAAUCUAGUGAGGAUGACAAGAAACAAACAAAAAACAACAAGGAAUGGAACAGCGGUGAAUCAUCAAGCGAAGAAUAUACUAAAAAAGACAGGAGAAAGAAAGACGAGUCAAAACGAACCAGGAAUUAUUCUUCUGAUGAGGAAUUUAGUGCGAGGAGACAGAAGUGGAAGGGAAAGAGAGAACGAGACAAGAGGGAGAGGAAACUGGAGAGAUAUAUGCAUGGCUCGUCGGAGGAUGAUUCAGGGAUAAGAAAUAAGAAAGGAGAUAAGAGGAGCAAAGAAAGGGAUGAGGGUCGACGUAAGGGUAGGGGGAAAAGGGAGGAGAGAGGGACGAAAUGACCAGAGAAAAGAAAUUAGAUGCUAGGAACAGAUGAAGACACACACAAAAAAAAAAACAAGUAUAAAGCCAUGGUUCGUUUUA